AUAUUGUUUUCUUUUGCCAGUGUGAGUGUCCAGAACCAUGAGGGAGUUCCUCUUCAUUCUGCUGGCUGUGUCAGCUGCAUCCUCGCGCUCUCACAGCAACUGGUGCGAGCUGGGUUGUGAUUGUCGUGGUGAUCUGAGGUUCACCAUCUGCUCACGAGCCUUCUUCACCGAGCUGCCUGGCAGGAUCCCAUCCAACACUGAACUAUUGGACGUGUCGCACAAUCGCAUCGUCGUCAUCCCUGAGCGCUCAUUCAACAAGAACCGCAAGCUGCGUGUGCUCCUCUUGCAGAACAAUAACAUCAGCGUGGUGCAAGAUGGCGCCUUCUCACAGCUGGAGUUCCUGCAGAAGCUGGACCUCAGCUGGAACCGCAUCGCCACUCUGGACAAGGGUUUCUCAAUGGGUUUGGCCUUCCUGCGGGAACUGCAGUUGGCUCACAACUCACUGAGCAGCCUGGACAGCAGCAGCUUCACGCACCUGGAAAGCCUGCAGAAGUUAAACCUUAGUGGCAACAGCAUCCGCAACAUCCAGGUCAGGUCGUUCGCCUCCAUGAGCAGCUUGCGACAUCUGCACCUGGAGGGCAACCGGCUGACUUCUCUGAACAAUGGCAUCUUCUCCAUGCUGCGCUCGCUGGAGCUCCUCAACUUGGCCGGCAACCACAUCAAUGAGACACAGGCGGGCAUCUUCAAGCCGCUCACCAGCAUGACCCUCCUCAACCUGGCCAACAACCGGCUGACCAGCAUAUACUUCAAGACCUUCCUGAGCAUUCACACAUACAGCACCCACAUCCUGCUGGAGGGAAACCCCUGGAAUUGUGACUGUGACCUGCAGAGAGUUUUCGGGAAGCUGAGCAGCAUCCAGAGACUCUUCCUGGAUGACUACUACAACCUGACGUGCGCACAGCCCACAGCGUUGCGUAACAUCCGGCUGAUCCAGGUGGAUACGGAACUGUGCAUUGCCGAAACAGUCACAGUGCUCAUCAUCACCGUCACUGUGGUCAUAACGGUGCUGGCCGCCAUGCUGAUGGGGGAGAGGAAGAGGAAACGGAAGAAGAGAAGGAGCACUGGACGCAGCAGGGAGAGCUAUCAGACGAGUCGGACUACUGACAUUGAUCCUUUUCAUUUUCCUUUGUAGUGGUACUUUGACUGACGAGUAAUAGCGGUAAUGGUAGCCCCUCGCAAUCCGGCACAAGUAAUUAUAGGUGAAAGUCAGCACUUGGUGAGUCCGGUCAUUAAGCACAUGUACAGUAUGUAUAGCAAAGGCACACCUGGAUUUCAGCUGGUUGUGUCAGUCGACUCUGGAUGGUUGGUUUUGCCAAUGUUGUGCUCUAAAAUCGUAGAGCAGUGAUCCAGGAAGGAGUUGAUUCUUGACACUGCAUGCUCGAAACUGCAUUACAGUGGGAGGUUGCCACUAAAUUGCCAUACAGUGUAGAUUGUCUUUCUGGCACAUACAUUUAUAGAUUGUCGAUGGCAAUUACUGUUUUUACUGUCACUAAUGCGUUGUCAAAGGUAUGCAAGUCGUGUGCUGUGGGAGUAGUACGUCAGCACAAGUAGUACAAUUAGCUGUUCACUCUGCGGAAGCGGUUGAUACACUGUAAUUGUCACAGGGUGAACAGAUUGAAUCGUUCAUGUAAUUAUAAUUCAACAUUAAUCCGCACAUUUUGACUGUAUUGAAAUGCUUUGAACCAGUUAUGAUGUCACCAGCUUACUUGCUUUGAACUGGUUAUUGUAGAUAUGUGGACAAUCAUAGCACGUUAGAGAAAUGUAUAUUAAAUAUAUUUAAG